AUCUCAUAAUAAAGAGACUCAGGUGUGGAAAUCGUUUGUUUGAAUUAGUCAUUAUUCAACAUUUAUGUGAGUUUUUCGAUUUCGUUAAUUAAUUAUUGCAGUGGAAAUGGCGGAUUUUCGUCCUGACAUGAUCUACUUUGAUGAGCGUGGUUACGAAAAACAUCUCUAUUCCAUUGAAAACGUCUACCUUGAUGACCUGGAUAAAUUUCCAGCACUUGUUGAUGAGCCGAGAGCCUCAAAUGAAGAAGCGGAUGAGGAACUGGCGUACGUUUACCGGAAUGUUAGAGAUGCUAUUUAUUAUUACGAAGUCACGAGCGAUUCUCCCUCUUUCUUACUGAAAGAAAAGACCGCGACGGUCAGGAAGGUGGUUUACAAAAAUCUUGGAAUACCAAAGGAUCUUCGAACAACCAAUUACAAUAGCAGGGCAUUUUUGGCGGCAAAAAAAAUCCGCUCCCGUUUGCUUGUGGUGGGAUACGUGGAAGCACGCCCUGUCACCUCAGGCUCUUGGUACGUGCAGGAUCCUGAUUUCAUGAAUGACCCUUUACCGUGCGUGAGCGCAGAGCGUGUCGCAGUCAAGUGUGGUAUCUCCGCCAUUUGGGUAAAGCAAAGCUUCCGCAGGCGAAAAAUCGCGACUACCCUUUUAAACUUGGUCAAAGAGCGUAUGUUUGAUGAAGAGCUCACUUGGCAGGACAUCGCAUUCGCUCACAUCCACUUCUCCGGGAAGCGAUUUGUCCAAAGUUUCUUCCUUAAACAAAUGGAUCCUGAAAAGGAUGCGGACAAAAGAUCGACUCCUGCAGAAAAUGCGGAGAGAGAGAAUUGAUGCGAAAUCAGUCGUUGAUGGCUCCAGCCCAACGAUCAUGACAGAAAGAAAGUUUAUGAAAAAGUCAAAAAUAAUGUUGAUUUCGUGAAUUAGCGACACCAGAGUAUGAUUAUUUCAGUGCAAAUAAAACAAUCUAAACCUGUAUCAAUCUUUAGGCCGCUUUCCAUAAUCAAUACACCGCAUAAAAAUUUUCAGGUCAUA